AUGAAAAAAGCGGUUCAAAAUAAGAUUACCCACGCUGGCAGCCGGGAAACCGGUGAAUCCAGUUUAAGGCCCCCAUUCGUAUGUGGGGGGGGCUGCGAUCGCUCCGUAGGCUCGCAGAGCCUCCGUAAACCCGAGACUGAAACGGCGUCCAACGCCCAACCCGGACAUGACUCUCGCGCGUCAACUCCAUCCGCGCUUUCCGAAGCGCGGGUGGUGUUGGAGCGCACCCCAACACCUGACUCGACCCCAGCACCAAGUGCUGAUGAUGCUUCCCCUGGGCCUAACGCCCAGCGAAAGACAAGACGGACUGGUCCUAGCCUCGCUUCAUCCUCGGAUGAAGCGAGCAGUCUACGGACUGUACGCUCCAUGGAGAGCGUGACCUCCCUCCCAGAGGGCAAACUGUGGCGCAAGCGCAAACCAGUUUCGCUCUCGGAACCGUCCUCUGACGACGAGGACCGGGCGUCGGGAACGACGCGCGGCUCGCCUGUCUUGAGGGCGCGGGCCAAGAGAGGUAGAGGUCGCCCUCCCACCACAGGAGAAUACGUUGGCCUUGCCAAGGCUAAAGCUGAGCUCAACCGCGCCAUGCGGGAAGAGCUCAUGCUCCAAGCCGAGAAGGAGGUGGCCGAAUCGGCUAAGAGGGUGUUCUCGCUCCGCGGCUCUGUAACAGAGUCGGAGUUGGCGAGAACCGAUUCUGGCUCGGAACCUGGCCCUGAAACAGUCGCCGACCUCUAUCAGAAGGCGAAGGAUGCAGCCGCGAUCAUUGAGAACGUGGCUUGCAAAUCCGGCCGACUGAAAGGCACCUUCGUGCGCGCCCUGAAGGACUCCACGAAAUUAAUCGUGGAAGUCCUGGACGUUCUCCGCGCCACGUCGGCGAAUGACGAAACGCGCAAUCUGCAAGCGCAGAACACCCGCCUGCAGAAAGCGUUAGACGACCAGCAGAAGGAGAUCGAGACCCUUCGGCUGGAGAUGCGCCAAGUGAGGAACUCGCUGGGCGCAUCUAAGGAUGGGACGCAGCCAGCGCCAGCGCCUGCAACUCUCACAGAGACCCCGGCCUCUGAGGGUCUGCGCCCUGAGCCGGCCCUACAAGUUGCACGCGCUAAGCCGGCAAAGAGGACGAACCCGCCGCUGCCUGAGAGCAGUAGAGCCACGUCCGACAAAGAUGGAGACCUCGCCGCGCAGAUCAUAAGCCAGGUGGGCUUUAUGAUCGAUGCGAAGUUGGCGGGUCUAGAGGAUAGGCUCCUGCCUCCAAAGGUGUUGCGCCCUCCGCUAGCGGCGGACCGCAAGAACGCGCAGUCCUACGCGGCCGCGGCUAAGACCUCCGCUGGCUCAGCGAGGAGCCCCGCUGCAGUUGUGGCCAGGAUGGCGACUGCCGCUACAGCUGGCACCACACGUGCCUCGCCGCUCGUGGCCCCUCGUGGCCCAGCCGCGGUUGAUAGUGGCCAAACCUCCGCACCCUCUAAGAAGAGAAAGAGGGGUCCCAGGGGGAGAAGGAGCAAGGCAGGGAAUGGCGGCCAAGGCGAGGCCCGACCCCUACCUUCAAGGUCUGCCGGCGACGGCUGGACCGUUGUCGGCAAAGGCCGAAAGAAGAAGGCGGCUCCUGUUCAACCGCCACAACGCCCCAAGGCGCCCAAACUGCGCACCCCCCGCACAGCGGCGGUGGUGAUGCAGUUGCAGCCAGCGGCGGCGGAAACCGGAGCCACCUAUGCGGAUAUCCUGAGGGAGGCAAAGUCCAAGGUUGACCUGCAGAGCCUCGGAAUCUCCAACCUCAGGAUCCGCAAAGCGGUAACUGGCGCGAGAGUGCUGGAGCUAGCGGGCGCCUCGAGCACUGAGAAGGCUGACACCUUAGCCGAAAAGCUAAGGGAGUCACUGAGCGGGGACGUAGUGAAAGUCUCCAGACCCAUUAAGUGCGCGCAAAUGCGAGUCAUGGGACUGGAUGACUCCGUCACCGCUCAGGAGGUGGUGGAGGCAGUGGCCAAAGCCGGUGGCUGCGCGGUGGAUGCCAUUAAGGCCGGUGCCAUCCGCGAGGGCGCGAGCGGCAUGGGCUCUCUGCUCGUGAGCUGCCCCAUAGCGGCUGCCAAAAAGGUAGCCCAGGGUCGCCUUCUCGUGGGUUGGACCUCGGCCCGAGUCAGGGUGCUGGAGCCGCGUCCGCUGCGGUGCUUCCGGUGCCAUGAAGUCGGGCACACGCACGCUCUGUGCGAGUCCGAGGUGGACCGAAGCACCCAGUGCUUCCGAUGCGGCCAAACCGGCCACCAGUCUUCCACGUGUUCCGCCACCCCGCACUGUACAGUGUGCGAGGCGGCGCGAAGACCGGCGGAACACCGAUUGGGCAGUUCACAAUGUACUGCCCAAUCUAAGACUAAGCGGAAGGUUCGCAAAGGCCCGCAGGCCCCCUUGCGACCUUCCCACCCGCAAGCCGCGGGACGAGCCGGCACCGAGCCAAUGAACACCAACUAA